AGAGGAAAAAGGAAAUCUUUCUUUCGAACAGGGUGAGGAUGCCCUCACUAAAGCUAUAGGGAAAAAAGAUCAUCGUGGGCGUGUCAAGGGAACAGGUGGCAUGGUUGGUAUCAAAAAGGCUUUCGGUCCGUGUAUUCGACAUAGUAGAAGUGACCAUGGUGAAGCUUCAUCAGAAAAUUACGAAUCAAUCAGAGCUUCUGUGAAAAAGGAGUUUGAAGGUGAAUUAGAGAAAAUGGUAGAGAAGAGGGUGGCAGAGGCCCUCCAAAAGCAACUAAGCACCUUGUUAAAAACAGGACAACUAAACUCCAUUUCUACCCCGAUACCUGAUGACCUCCACUUAAAUGAUUCUGCCAGAGUUGACCUUGAUGUUAGUGCUACAAGAACCACUCGUCACAUCUUAGUGCCGCAACCACGCGAGCUAAAGGAAAGGACUCCAUGUCGUCUUGCCCUUGAGGAGAAAGUUUCAGGCAACAACAUUGUCGUGGCGGAUGGUAUGGUACAACCCUCAGAUGGUGCAUUGCCCCAACAUUUUACAUCGAUGAAGCCUGGUCACUAUAAAGUCCAAGUUGAUUUUGUUUACGACGGACAUGUUGAUGAUAUUCUUCCGGUACCUACGGGAGAUGGUUUCACUAACUUAGGCGGUGCUCUGGGUAGUUUUGUGCAAUGGCCCAUACACUUAGUGAUUUUCGAAGACGGCGAGGAUUGUAUUUCACCUCCUAAAAAGAAGUCCAAGUCUAAUGUUUCUAAAGAGAGGGAUGGUAGCUCCAAGAAAAAGACAACGGUGUUAGCGGCCCAAAAGAAGACAACAGACUUACCAUCCAAGGUAAACCCUCUAAAACUCAUUCGAACCUAA